AUAAACUGUAUUUUACAAGCAGAGCAGAGGGUUCUUUUGGCAACCAUAGGAUCAUCACCUUUGCCUUAACCUUUGGCCACUGUCUGUCGCUAAGAUGAGCACCCACCCUUCCUCUCCUUUUGGCGCUGACCGUCGAGUCCGGAGCACGUUGAAGAAGGUCUUUGGGUUUGACUCUUUUAAGACGCCUUUACAGGAGAGUGCAACCAUGGCUGUAGUGAAAGGUGACAAGGAUGUCUUUGUGUGCAUGCCCACAGGGGCAGGAAAAUCCCUCUGCUAUCAACUCCCUGCUCUGUUGGCCAAAGGCAUCACCAUCGUAAUCUCUCCUCUCAUCGCUUUGAUUCAGGACCAGGUGGAUCACUUGCUGGCCCUGAAGGUACGAGUGAGUUCUCUGAACUCGAAACUCUCAGCACAGGAGAAGAACGAGCUGCUCUCUGACCUGGAGCAAGAAAAGCCCCGGACCAAACUUCUGUACAUCACUCCAGAGAUGGCGGCUUCAGCCUCCUUCCAGCCCACCCUGAACUCCCUGGUGUCCCGCCACCUGCUCUCCUACCUGGUGGUGGACGAAGCUCAUUGUGUUUCCCAGUGGGGGCAUGACUUCCGUCCUGACUAUUUGCGCCUGGGUGCCCUGCGCUCCCGCCUGGCACAUGCCCCAUGUGUAGCUCUGACCGCCACAGCCACCCCACAGGUCCAAGAGGAUGUGUUUGCUGCCUUGCACCUGAAGCAACCAGUUGCCAUCUUCAAGACUCCCUGCUUCCGGGCCAACCUCUUCUAUGACGUGCAGUUUAAGGAAUUGCUUUCUGAUCCCUAUGGGAACCUGAGGGACUUCUGCCUUAAGGCUCUUGGACAGAAGGCUGAUAAAGGGUUGUCUGGCUGCGGCAUUGUCUACUGCAGGACUAGAGAGGCUUGUGAACAGCUGGCAAUAGAGCUCAGUUACAGGGGCGUGAAUGCCAAGGCUUACCAUGCAGGGCUGAAGCCUUCUGAAAGAACACUGGUGCAGAACGAGUGGAUGGAGGAGAAGGUCCCUAUAAUUGUUGCAACCAUUAGCUUUGGGAUGGGAGUGGACAAAGCUAACGUCAGGUUUGUCGCCCACUGGAAUAUUGCCAAGUCAAUGGCUGGGUACUACCAAGAGUCUGGCCGGGCAGGCAGGGACGGGAAGCCUUCCUGGUGCCGACUCUAUUACUCCAGGCAUGACCGGGACCAAGUCAGCUUCCUGAUCAGGAAGGAAGUAGCGAAACUCCAGGAAAAGAGAGGGAACAAAGCAUCCGAUAAAGCUGCUAUUGUGGCCUUUGAUGCCCUGGUGACCUUCUGUGAAGAAUUAGGGUGCCGCCAUGCUGCCAUUGCCAAGUACUUCGGGGAUGUGCCCCCCGCCUGCACCAAAGGCUGUGACCACUGCCAGAACCCUGCAGCUGUGCGGAAGCAGCUGAGCGCCUUGGAGCAAAGCAGCAGCUGGAGCAAGACCUGCGUCGGGCCCUCCCAGGCGAAUGGCUUUGACCCUGAGCUGUAUGAGGGAGGCCGCAGCGGUUAUGGGGGCUUCAGCAGGUAUGACGAAGGUUCUGGAGGCAGCGGGGACGAGGGCAGAGACGAGGCCCACAAGCGGGAAUGGAAUCUCUUCUACCAGAAGCAGAUGAGCCUGCGCAAGGGCAAAGACCCCAAGAUAGAAGAAUUCGUACCCCCAGAUGAGGACUGUCCCCUGAAAGAGGCUUCUAGCAGGAAGAUCCCUAGGCUCACUGUGAAGGCCCGAGAGCACUGCCUGGGGCUUCUGGAGGAGGCUCUGAGCAGUAACCGCCAGGCCACAGGUACCUCUGAUGGACCUGACCUCCAGGCCCAGGCUGUGGAGCUGGAGCAUGAGACAUUCCGAAAUGCCAAGGUGGCCAACCUGUACAAGGCCAGCGUGCUGAAGAAGGUGGCUGAGAUCCACAGAUCCUCUAAGGAUGGGCAGCUCUAUGACAUGGGAGGCAGUGCCAAGAGCUGCAGUGCCCAGGCUGAGCCCUCAGAGCCCACUGAGUAUGACGUCCGGCCGGCCUCCCAGGUGUACUCGCUCAAACCCAAGCGAGUGGGAGCUGGUUUCCCCAAAGGCUCUUGCCCAUUCCAGACAGCCACUGAGCUGAUGGAGAAGACACGGGCCAAGAAGCAAGCCUCCCAGCCUGUGUGGGGAGGUGAGCAGGAGGCCCCCAGCCAGCCCUGUGGCCUCCAGGAUGAGGACAGCACUGAGCCCCUCCCUGGACCCAGAGGAGAGGCCCCUGGAAGCAGUACCUAUUGUGAGGAGUCUUCCCCAGAGAAGAAGGCGAAAGGCCCCACUAGGGGCAGUCCCAUUGUCAAGGCCCGAGUUAGCAAGAAGCAGCAGCUCCUGGCCACAGCGGCCCUCAAGGAUUCUCAGAACAUCGCCCGUUUCUUCUGCCAAAGGGCCAAGAGCCCGCCUCCACCUGUUUCAGCCCUACGGGCAGAGGGUGCCAGCCCCUCCUGUGAGGAAGUGCGGGGAGCCCCGACGGCCCCAGAGAAGUGCACAGGGAAGGAGGAUGGAGCCCUGGGACAUCUGGCUGUCCGCCCCCAGACUGAAGAGUGCACCGGGGAGGGGCUGAGUGCCUGCCCACUCAGAGACCAGGAGCCCCCUGAAGGCCAGCCCACCCCCACAAAGGAGAUGCAGAGGGACAAGCGGCCCAGGCCCCAGCAGGAACACCCAGAGAGCCAGGCUCAGAAGAGGCCUCGCCCCUCAGCCAAGGCCUCCGUAUUAGCUGAGGCCAAGGGCAGCAUUUCGGCCAGCGAUCAGGGUACCUUGAACACCAUGGCCAAAGGCUCCUGCCAGCUUUCAGCUCCUGGCAUCUCCCUGAAGGAGGCUGCGAACGUUGUGGUCAAGUGCCUGACGCCUUUUUACAAGGAGGGCAAGUUUGCAUCCAAGGAAUUGUUUAAAGCCUUUGCCCGCCACCUCUCACACUCGCUGACUCAGAAGACCUCUCCUGGAAGGAGCGUGAAAGAAGAGGCCCAGAACCUCAUCAAGCUGUUCUUCCACGGCCGGGCCCGGUGCGAGAGUGAAGCAGACUGGCACGGCCUGUGUGGCCCACAGAGAUGAUGGACUGCUGCCCAGCAGGGCCAGUGUCCUCCCCCAGACUCGACUGUGCGCCACCUGGGCCUCACUCAGGAAUGGGGAAGGUGGGCAGGGCUGCUGCCACCAGGGGCAUCGUCUUUUCUCAGGGUCCUUCCCCUUUCCAACCACAGCUUGCUUUGGAGAUGGGCCUGAACACCUCCCAAAUCAAGGUCAGAGGCCAGAGGUCAGCCCACCAUUCUUUCUGCCUGCAUGGCUUAAGGUCCUCUUUCUCCUAGACUCCCUGCCUCUCCUGGCUCUCGUGGCUGGGUUUUCUGAGACAGAUCUCCAGAUGAGAAGGUGGUGGGUGGUGCGCUGCUGCCAGGGGCACAGGAAGAAGGAAUAGUCCCUCCACCUCUUGUACUGACUAGGCUGAAAGCCAGGGCGAGGUCUACCUGUCCAAGGCAUUGGGGCCUCCUCAGGAAGAGCCCUGCUGGCCUCAGGUCCUCUGCCCACCACCCCCUUCCCUUGCGAUGCCAGCCUUCAGCCUGGCCCCAAGUACAGAAUUCAGGGGAAGAGGGGCAGCAGCUAGGCCCUGCUCCCACUCAGCUCCUGGUCAGGAAGGCGAGGCCAGACUGAGACAUCUACCAGAGGAAUAAAGUCCUGUUUGUUCUGACA